GACUGCUGACUUAAAUGCAACAACGGUGUAUUUCCGGUUGACAAAUCGCUUCUGCCAUACACUUUGCCUUACAUCCCGUGCAGAAAAUAACAAUAAAUGAAUGGAAACCGUUAUUACCAAGUGUCUAAAAAGUACACGAAGUUCUUUGUCAACUUCAAAUUGUGUUGAUCAGCAAUUUAGAAUUGUGUACUGGAGUUUUUCUCACCUGUUUAUUUAACACACCGGGUCUUUAGCCUCGCAGACUAUCAGCAUGGUUGACACUAGUGGCAACCUUUCAGAUUCACCCUAUGACAACAUUCCUCCAACUCAAAUCCAACGACAGCACUUUUAUGCUUUGUAUACUUUCCACUCGACCAGGUCCAAACCACGGAAGUGUCAAGAGAAAAGUGAAGCUGCAGUAGAGGACCAAGAGAAGGGUGAUGAUGACAUUGAAGAACUAAGUCUUUCUAUUGUAGCUACAGAUUUAAAUGCAGGGAUUGAAAUUGAGUUGCGGAAGUGUUUGGUACAGCGUUUAUCGAAAGGUGUUGACUGCAUUGGUAGCGGAAAUGUUGUUAGCUUAACUUCUAGUGAAAAUUCAGAUUUUCCAUCAGUCUGCUAUUAUUGUCUAUGGAAAUCUGAUUCAAAUCCUGCCUGCAAAAGUACACCGGUGCUACCCCCGUCACCAAAAUCUCGGACUACAUCUACUGGAGAUUAUCUAGUGUGUUUCCUGUUUAGUCAAGAAGAUUCACUUGAACACUUUCGUGUUGAUCUUGAUGAUUAUAGUGGAGGUGUUCUACAAUACCUUGAUGCCGAGAUUACCAAAGUGACAGACAAAAACAGCAAGUUGAGUCAGAUUGACACUUGUGUGAAAGACUACCUUGAAGCCUGGCCAGUGAUUGCUAUGGACUAUUUAUGUCGGUGUAUAGAUGUUUUACAUGACAGCAUCCAUCACUUGAUUUAUUGUGCAUUACUUGGAAUACAGCUGGAAAUCAAUGGAGGUUCUGAACAACUGAGGAAAGAUAUACAAAACUUUAUUAGGAGUUGUACACUUGAUGGUAUCAGUAACCUUCAUAGUAGCUGUAAUAUGUCUUCCAGUGGAGACAGCUGGCAGACUUUGGAUGUUCAACCAGUUUUGCAUACAGGUACAUCCACUGCUAACUACCCAGCCAAAGGGGAAAAAGAAAGCAGUAAGACAAUCUGUCUGACUAUUGAUCAAGGAAAAAGUUUCAAAUUUGAACCAGAUGAAAGCUGCAGGUUUUGUAAAGAUUGGGCCGAGAAACUUAUUAACAGUGACCGACACAAUGCAUUGUGUCUCAAAGUAACCAUUGAUUCAUACAAGCUCCAGUGUAUACAGGAUAUAAAUACUUUAAAUAGAUUCCUAAAACUUGCCGAAAAUGACCAUUAUGCUUUAUAUAGGGCUUAUAUGUUUCUCAAAUAUUCUGGCUAUACAAACAUCCUCUUGAAAUACUGCCAGUUGUUAGACUUGAAAUCAGAUGACAAAGAUGCUCUUGCGGUUCUGAAAGAAUUCAUUCAAGAAACUGAGGAAAUGUCUCAAACGAUGUCGUGAAAAAGGGAAAAGAAUGAAAGAAAAAAAAACUGAAAACUCCAAAUCACAUAUUGUAAAUUGAUAUUGAUUCUUGUUUUUAUUUAUUUUUGAUUUUAAAAAAAAAUUUAUUUAUUUAUUGAUGAUGGUUUAUUUCUGUUGUGUUCCAUACUGGUGCCUUUGGAGUAUCGUAAUGGAGUGAUCGAGGGAAGGUAUUGUUAGGUCUUGUUAGCUCAAAGUGAUGAUUCCUUCUUUUUUAAGGUCAUUGUUAAAUUAAUAUUUACUUCAUGUUAACAUUUCAGUCUUAAAUUAUUUUUAUUAUUAUUAUUAUAUUCAGUAAGCUGACGAGCUGGCAGAAUCGUUAGCACUCCAAGCAAAAUGCUUUAAUGGCAUUUCAGCCAUCUGUAUACAUUCUGAGUUCAAAUUCUGCCAAGGUUGACUUUGCCUUUCAUCCUUUUGGGGUCGAUAAAAUAAGUACCAGCUGUGUACUGGGGUCGAUGUAAUCGACUAGCCCCCUCCCCCAAAAUUUCAGGCCUUGUGCCUAUAAUAGAAAGGAUCAUUAUUAUUUUCGGUCUUAAUGAAGCACUUGCUUGUUAACAGCCGACAUUGGUGUGACAGUUUUUAAUUGCCAUAGGCACAACUAUGAUGGCUGUUCCUACAAGGAAGUAGUUUAUCAUGUUUAAGGGAGCAGUUAUUUAAUGAAAGCUUUUCAGUCAAAGUUAAGCAUUUGUAUGCAUGCAUGUUACAUCUAGAGAAAGAAGAGGGUUUAUGUAUGUGUGUGUAUAUGUGAAUAUAUCAAUAUGCGCUUGUUGGGGUAAUAUAUAUGUAUGUAUAAUGACUGAUGAAACACCAGUUCUUGACCAAAUUCUUAUAUUAAGGGUGAUAAAGCUUAUUAUGCAAGUUUUGUUUUUAGGUUCAUCUGGGUUUAUUUUUAAUAUUUUUAUCACAAGAUCAACCAUAUGUUCAUCCCUUUUCCUGCAAUGUAGCAUACAUCAGUAUAUAUACACACACACACACACUCAUUACUUUUGAACAUUUGUCUUAGGAGAUACAUGCAAUAUGUUGUGAUAUUACAAAAUCAUUUAUAUUCAUAUCAAUAUAUAUAUAUAUAGAUAGAUAGAUAGAUAGAUUUAAUAUUUAUAUUAAUGGAAUGUAUAUACCAUGUAGUGUUGAAAUGCAUGUAACUAGAGAAUUAAAUGUAAUACAAUAAAUUCCACUCUUUUGUUUGAUGUGUGUGUAUGCAUAUGUGUUGUGUGUUUGGUGUGUGAAUGAAAACCUUUAAAUCUGAAUUAUGUUGCCAGUUUCAGAAUUUAAGUGAAAUUGUUUGGUCACUAUUUUUAAUCCAAGUCUGAGUUAUUUUCUCCACCUUAAAACUCGGAAGCAUUAGCAUUGCCAUUUGAUCUCUGAAUUACUGAGCAGUUUUUAAUUCACCAUAUUAUUACACUCACUGUUGAAAACCUGAUAGCUGCAUAUAAUGAUAAAGUCUUAUAGCUUCCCAAUUGUAAUGCAAAAAUAAUGUUUAUUUUGUAUUAUGUUGUAUACUUAGUUAUAUUACUUCAGUUAGAAUAUAAUUACUCUUUAUAGGAAACAAGUAGUUACUCCCACUAGAAAACAAAGUAAUAUAAUUGCUUCCUUUAAAAAACAAAUUAGCUUUUAACUUCUUGUUGGCCGUUUUCAGUUUCCUGGUUAGAACUGGUGUUGAUGGUUAUUACAGUUUAUUUUUGUUGUUAAAUGAUUGCCUGGUGCUUUGAUCUUUAAAUUCAAGUGUAAAUGGAUCAGUUUUCGCAAAGAUUCCUUGAUGAUAUUUAAAAGUUGUCUUAAAACAAAACUAUAUAAAUCUGAGCUUCCAAGAAAUGUUGCUGAGUAAAGAUGACUGCUGAAGACAAAGACCAACUGUUAGAUUUCAUGUUUUCUUUUUGUUUUUUUUUUGUUUUUUUGGUUUUAUAUUAACAUGAAUUUUUUCAUUCCCAUGAAAAUUUCCAUUUUCAUAGUUUAAAUAUUGUUUGACAAAAUGUGUAACAGUCAGUGUGACUAAUUCCAUAUUUUUGUCUUUUAAAAAUUUUCUGGGCAUUGCAAAACAUCUAAAUUUCAUGCUGCUUAUUUUAUUGAUGACAACUAUUUUCAGUUAGUGUUGUCUCUAUCUUCUUAGCAAAAUAUUUGUGAUCUUUGGAUUAUGGUUAUUCAGUCCUUCCAUAGAUUAAAUCUCUUUGUGAAUGUAUGUGGGAAGCCCUUUUACUCUUAAUUUGAAGUCUUGAGAAAACAGUCAGUCGACAUGAGAAUUGACAUGAGAAAUUAGAACAAUAAAGUUAUGAAUUCUUAUCUCAGGGAACUGGGUCUAAUUGUUUAGCCAAAAAGUAAAAAUGGAAGUAGGCAUGCUUGCUAACAAAUUAACUCCUUACGAAAAUAGAGAAACCUUUUGGUAAAAUAAUGUCAGUGAAUCUAAUCAUUUUAAUAAAUUCUAUUUUAAAAAUAUGAUUAUCUCUUAGCACUAAGAUCCUCCUAUUCAAUGAACAUCAGGCUACUAGAGUCUUCCAGUCAUCUUUAUCAAGUGUCAGAUCCCAAACAUCAUCUUUUCUAAUCCUGGGACCCUGCAGAGGGGUUUGAUGGUGUUGACUUCUGAUUCUGGUGGUUUUGUAGUGGUGAAUUAUUUUAUGGGAUGGGGUGCCAACCCAUCACCAGUACACCUCCUUUUACCACACGUUGGGACUGGCUUUGGUGGAGUAUAACAAGAGUACUGAAUUCUAUUUAGCAAAUUUGCUCUCCAUAGUUAUUUCAACCACUUUCAAAUUUAUUUUAUAAUUUGGGUAAUGAUUUAUAAAAUACAAAUAAAAUACUUCAAAUUUGUGUGAAGAUGCAUGGCCUAGUGGUUGGGGUGUUGCACUUAGAAUUCUGUGAUCAUAGUUUCAAUUCCCAGAGUGGGUGAUGUGUUGUGUUCUUGAGCAAAACACUUCAUUUCACAUUGCUCCAGUCCACUCAGCUGUAAAUGAGUUCCAUCAAUAGCUGGGAAGUCAACCCUGCAACGGAUUGCUGUCCCAUUCAGUUGGGAGUGUUGUUACCUCAGUCACUUAUCCGCCAAGGAAACUGGAUUAAGUUCCAUCUUAUCAGUCCUGGGGCUCACAACAGACCUAAGUCCUAAGCAUUUUUCUAUUGUUUUUCAGUGGAUUGGAUUGCCUUGCCCAUGUUCAGCCCACUGCAGGACAAGGACCUCAGCAUGUUCUCUCCACCAACCACAGUCUGAUGUGGAGGUCAUGAAUUUGAGUUUCAGAUCACACUGGCCCGAUGUAACUUGGCAGAGGGGUGCAGUUUUUAUACUCAUACCCAGGAGUAGUUAAGUCAAUUACACUGUCCUCACUGCUCAAUUGGUACUUAUAAAUUUUUCAGUAGUGACAUAUAAAACGGCUGAAA